UAUUUGUCUCAUUAGCUCAACUCUAGUUUAGAGUAAAAACUUUCCGAUAUUUUGUUUAAUUUCAAACUAACGUUUCGCCUUCAUUGUUGAUGUCACAGUGAGGUUAAUGUUAACGUUAUCGGAGUUUUAUCUGAGAAAAGUAAACAUGGGACCUGUAUAUUUAAAUGAGAACAGGGACACAUCCUGUUCAUACCUUGAAAUGGUCACAAUGAAUUCCGGUCCUAAAGUAAUUUCAAUUUUUGUUCUCCUCUUUGCAACAUUCAUUAUCGGAGUCUUACCCCACGGAUUACUGAAGUUCUUAAAGAGUAAAUUUUCUAGAAGUAAACGUUAUCAACGGUGCAUCACUAUUCUGAACUGUUUUGCGGGUGGUGUAUUUUUUGCCACAACCAUUCUUCAUUUGAUACCAGAAUCAACUGAACUUUUGGAGGGUGUGUUCACAAUGAAAUAUCCAGUUUCCGGUGCUUUGUCCGGUGCAGGCUUUUUUCUUCUGCUGUUCAUAGAACAUCUCAUAGGAUGUUGUAGAAGUCACACUGAUCUUAACUCCGUCACAGAAAACAUUGAAGUUUACCUGAACGACACUGAAAUAUCAAACGGAACAAGCAAUGGAGGUAUCGAAAACAAAGCAAGUGAGACGAUGUCGAAUAAAACCAAAAGUACUCGGCCUGGGAAAGAAACUAUUGAGAUGGAGGCAGAACCUCAAAAUAUUAUUGAACAGGAGAAGAGUACUCUAUCCAAACUUAGAGCGCUUGUUCUUUUAUUAGCCUUCUCGUUUCAUAUGAUUUUCGAGGGCCUCGCUUUGGGGUUGGAGCGUACGGAUGCCGGAGUCUGGAGUCUUCUGGGAAUUCUCGCCCUCCAUAAGUGUGUAGUAGCCUUCAGCGUGGGUCUCCAGCUCAGUGAGAGUCUGCAGACGUUAAAGUCCGUCCUGUUGUCACUGUUAGCAUUUUCUGUCGUGGCUCCGGUGGGAGUAGUCAUUGGCUUCCUAGUGACGGAAUAUGGAGAUGGAGGACUGGCGCAGAAAAUCGCAGCAGGGGUGCUUCAAAGCUUAGCCACGGGGACCUUUUUCUAUGUAACGUUUUUCGAGAUUUUGCAAAAAGAACUAACGCAGGGGUAUAAUCUUUAUAACGUGCUCUACACUGUAGUGGGGUUUUCAACGGUGAUUGGGGUAGAAUUUUUCCACGAUAGCGAGUAGUGAUGGUUUGAAGUAACCUAAUAGUAUACUUUUUGUUUUGUGUAGUAAAUAUUGAGAUUUUGUAUUCCCGCAGCAUUUUCAGAAUUAUAAACACAUAAUCACUUUUCAUAUCCUUUCAUUGUUUAUACUGAGGGGCAAAAAAAUACAAUGAUAUAAAAUUAUAAGUAGCGAAAUACCAUACCAAGCUAGGAAAAUAUGGUGAAUGAAACAAAAAAUGUCCAUUUCGACCAUUUUUAAGUUUAGUACAUCAUUGCUUUUCUCUCAAUAUCUAGUACUGUAUUUUAAUGCCAACAUGUCAAAUUAUCCUUCCAGAUGCAGUGGGUUUUUUUUUUUAAUUUAUUGUUGUUUUGUGGGUUUUUUUUUUUUUUUAUGUAUUGUUCAUUUACAUGUUCGUAGUCAUUAGAAUUACUGGACCAUCAUCUUUCUCAGGAAAACUGAAUAAUAUAAUUUGAACACUAAGCGAUACUCUCUUGUGAGACUUUUGAAAUAUCCAAUCUGACAAACAUGACCAGAUUUUUGUAACUGAAGGACAAUGAGGGGAAUAGGUUGGAGAAUUGCUGGUUCAGUGAAACACACUGUAUUAUCUGUAAUUUUUGGCAUGGAUAAGUACAUGUACUUGUUAAUUCCAUUACUUUUAUGUGUAUUGUAUAAUAAUUAUUGUAUAUUUAAGGUUAUUGUUUCUUGUUGAAGUAUUUCUCUAUGAUUUGUCUAUUUUGUGAAGUCUGGAACUAUUUCUCUAUGAUUUGUCUAUUUUGUGAAGUCUGGAACUAUUUGUCUAUGAUUUGUCUAUUUUGUGAAGUCUGGAACUAUUUCUCUAUGAUUUGUCUAUUUUGUGAAGUCUGGAACUAUUUGUCUAUGAUUUGUCUAUUUUGUGAAGUCUGGAACUAUUUCUCUAUGAUUUGUCUAUUUUGUGAAGUCUGGAACUAUUUCUCUAUGAUUUGUCUAUUUUGUGAAGUCUGGAACUAUUUCUCUAUGAUUUGUCUAUUUUGUGAAGUCUGGAACUAUUUGUCUAUGAUUUGUCUAUUUUGUGAAGUCUGGAACUAUUUGUCUAUGAUUUGUCUAUUUUGAUUCACAAAUAAGCGGAUGUUGUGAUUUGGAUAAAAAUAAAUCUUGAAUAGUUUUUGGACUUUUUAAAAAAAACUCUUUUAAUCUGUUUAUAUCUAUACACCUGUCAUUAGAUGGGACGUACCAUGUAAUGGCGCUGUCCGUGCAUCCGGAUGGCUGUCCGUCUGACAUCAUGUUUUCCGGAAUUUUUUCCCGUAACGGAUGCAUGUACAGCAUUGAAAUUUGGUCAUGAUUUCUCCCUCAAGAAGUGUAAAAGUGAGUUUUAAUUUCAGCUGAAUUGGUGCACCGUGAUAUACUUUAGGGCUAAAAGUAGAUAAAACAGUUUUCCGGCCAUUUUGUCGUUACGGAUACAGAUAGUGUCCUGAAAUUUAGUCACAAGCUUCCUCUCAGAGGAAGAUCAGUUUAGUUUGCAUUUCUGCUAGAUUGGUGCACGCACUGUGACCUAUUAUAGGAUUGAAAUUUUUCGG